CCUCUCCACUAUCUCUCUCUCUCUCUCUCUGUUUCUUCGUUUGAAACAGAGAUCUUUCGUUUUUGCACUUCAAUUUCUCUUUUUCCUAAUCAAUUCUCUUUUAUUAAUUUAAAACAUGGAAAUUCUUCCAAAAGAAGAAGAAGGGGAGGUCCGUAAGAUACCCUCGUACGAUUCUGGCACCCACGACGGCGCCAUCGCUGUCAAGCGUGCUGUUACCAGCACCGGCGUACGGGUUUCCAUCGAAAUCAAGCAGGAAGGGUCCCAGGAGCUGGAAGCAUCCACCUUGAAAGCGGAUACAAGGGUGAAAGAGGAGGUCACAGUAGAAGGGCCUGAUACCCGUAAGCAAGAAGAGAAGCCAGAGAGUAAGUUACCUAUAUUUCCAGAAUCCUAUGAACCCAAGGAAGGGAAAUCUGAUGGAUUUAAAGAAAAGUGUGUAGUGAAAGAAGUGAAGAAGGAGCCAGAGGAUUUAGAGAUCAAAGUUAAAGAGGAGCCUGAUGUCUGCAAAGCAGAAGUUAAAUUAGAGAGUAAUCAACCAUUCUUUUUAUCAAGUCCUAGAGGCAUGCCAUUUAAAGAAUACUGCGAAUUCACAGAAAGAAAAUCUAAUGGGGGUACACAAAAUGGUACAGUAAAAGAAGAACCUGACGUGGUUGUUAUGGAGAUGCCAAGAGUGCUGUUUGAUCGUUAUAGUAGGCGUCAAAACCCUAAGAACGUGAAACAAGAAAUGGUUGAAGAUACAAUGAUUAAUGGUAUUAAAGUGGAGGAUGGGGAUUUCCCAGAAGAGGCAGAUUGGUACUUGGUAGGAAGGACGAUGGUUAUUGGCCUCUCGACUAGCAAAGGUAGGAAAUUGGUGGACAAUGAAAUAGUCAAUUUUGUCUUUCCCAAUACAAAUAUGAGAUUUAACUCGCAGUGGAUUGUUCGCUUCUCUACCAAACGAUAUGGAGAGAUUGGUCGGCUUCCAAUGGAGUGGUCAAAAUGUGUUGUUCCACUUGUAAAUUCUACCAAGGUUAAAGUUCUUGGACGGUGUGUAGCUGCCCCACCAAGCCUUCACAUCAUGCAAGAGAUAAUGUUGUAUGUGAGCUUUUAUAUUCACAAGUCAAUUUUCACGGAUUUGGAUAAAUCAACACGGAGGCUAGAAACCACUUCAAAUAUUGAUUCUACGAUUCAUCCUCUCCUUACUCUGUUCAAAUUGUUGAAAAUAACACCAUAUCAGAAGGCGGAAUUCACGCCCGAGGAGCUUGAUUCUCGAAAGCGCUCACUGAAUCUUGAAGGAGAGGAUGAAGCUGCAGCAAUGUUAUCUUUAGCAAAAAGGAGAAAGGGUUGCCAGCAAUAUCCAGAACCAAACAAAGAUGAACAAGCUAUUUCAGAAUCAUCUCUUAAUAAGCUUGUUGGUGCUGCGGAGAUAUAUAACUUAGAGGAGAUGGAACCCCCAAGCUCGCUAAUUUGCCAGCUAAAGCCUUACCAAAAACAAGCACUCUACUGGAUGUCAGAAGCAGAGAGGGGACUUGAUGCUGAGAAAGCAGCAGAAACUCUUCAUCCAUGCUGGGCAGCGUAUCGUAUAUGUGAUGAGAGGGCUUCCUCAAUCUAUUUGAACAUCUUCUCUGGAGAGGCAACCACACAAUUUCCAACUGCAACACAGAUGGCCAGAGGAGGAAUUCUUGCGGAUGCAAUGGGUCUUGGAAAGACCGUGAUGACAAUUGCUCUAAUACUUGCAAGACCUGGAAAGGGAAGCACUGACAGCCAAGAAAGCACAAAUAAUAAGAAAGAAAGAACCUCGUCUAAGGCAAAGGGCGGCACUCUUAUUGUGUGUCCCAUGGCUUUGCUAGGCCAAUGGAAGGAUGAGCUUGAAACCCAUUCAGAGCCAGAAAGUAUUUCCAUUUUUAUUCACUAUGGUGGUGAAAGAACGAACGAUUCCAGGAUUAUAUCUGGAUAUGAUGUAGUCUUGACAACAUAUGGUGUUCUGGCAGCAGCAUAUAAAUCUGACUUGGAGAACAGCAUUUUCCAUAGAGUAGAUUGGUAUAGGGUGGUCUUAGAUGAAGCUCAUAGCAUUAAAUCCUGGAAAACAGUAGCUGCUCAAGCUGCUUUCUCAUUGUCCUCGCACUGCCGGUGGUGUCUCACAGGGACACCUCUUCAGAAUAGCUUGGAAGAUCUCUACAGCCUUCUAUGCUUCUUGCAUGUCGAACCUUGGUGCAAUUGGGCAUGGUGGAACAAGUUGAUUCAGAGGCCUUAUGAAAAUGGUGAUCCAAGAGGAUUGAAGUUGAUCAAGGCUAUUUUGAGGCCACUAAUGUUGAGAAGAACCAAGGAUACAAAGGACAAAGCAGGAAGGCCCAUACUUGUUCUUCCGCCAACUGACAUUCAAAUCAUUGAAUGUGAACACUCUGAAGCUGAACAUGAUUUCUACGAUGCCCUUUUCAGAAGAUCAAAGGUCCAGUUUGACCAGUUUGUGGCACAAGGGAAGGUUCUUCACAACUAUGCAUCUAUUCUUGAGCUAUUACUUCGAUUAAGGCAGUGUUGCAACCACCCAUUUCUUGUUAUGAGUCGAGCCGAUUCACAACAGUAUGCAGACUUGAGCAAGCUUGCAAGAAGGUUCCUGGAGACAAAUGCCAAUUCUGCUGCUCCAGGACAGACAGGCCCCACCAGAGCAUACGUUGAAGAGGUUGUUGAGGGCAUCCGACGGGGUGAAAAUACUGAGUGUCCCAUAUGCAUGGAGUAUGCAGAUGAUCCUGUGCUCACUCCAUGCGCACAUAGAAUGUGCAGGGAGUGCAUCCUGUCGAGCUGGCGAACACCAACAACUGGGUUAUGCCCAAUUUGCAGAACUGUGCUGAAGAAAACUGAACUCAUAACAUGCCCAACAGAGAAUAAAUUCCGAGUUGAUGUUGAGAAGAACUGGAAGGAAUCUUCAAAGGUCUCAAAGCUCUUGGAAUGCUUGGAAGGGAUUCGCAGAUCAGGUUCUGGUGAGAAAAGCAUUGUGUUCAGCCAAUGGACUUCUUUUCUGGACCUCCUAGAAAUUCCAUUGAGGAGGAGAAGAAUUGGGUUCUUGAGGUUUGAUGGGAAACUAGUGCAGAAGCAAAGGGAGAGGGUGUUGAAUGAGUUCAAUGAAACCAAAGAAAAAACGGUAAUGUUGAUGUCCUUGAGAGCUGGUGGGGUUGGCCUGAAUCUAACAGCUGCCUCCAAUGUCUUCUUAAUGGAUCCGUGGUGGAAUCCUGCAGUGGAGGAGCAAGCAAUAAUGCGAAUUCAUCGCAUAGGACAGAAGCGAACAGUUACUGUUAGAAGAUUCAUUGUUAAGGACACGGUGGAAGAACGGAUGCAACAAGUUCAGGCAAGGAAGCAGCGGAUGAUUGCCGGUGCCCUUACAGAUGAGGAAGUUCGGUCAGCUAGGAUUGAAGAACUGAAAAUGCUUUUCAGAUAAAUUAAUUCCCAAUUACAUGAUUAUUGACUAUUUUAGGUGACAAAGGACGUUUUUGCUAGAGAAACAUAUAUGUACAUUCUAAUAUCUAGCGAAGGCCAAUUUUGUAAAUC